UAAAAAAUAGUGUUGAUGCCCCACUAUUUCACGAGAUGCUAUAUAAAGUUCUUUAAAGAUUUUGGAGUUCAGUGUGGUUUUGGAUUUUUAGCGAUGCAUUUAAAAAAUUGGCCUUCAUGGUGCUUUCUUUUGGUACUGACGACUUUAAAGACCGAAGCUGCGGACGAUGACUACAACAUUUUGCACAGAGAUGGCUCGUUUGAAUUCGGAUACGACAACCCGAAUUCUUACCACCAUGCUGCAGGGAAUAGAAAUAAUGUAGUCAGGGGCGAAUUCGGGGGUAGAAACCCUGGAACGGGACGAAUAGACUCGACUCAGUACACUGCAGGUCCUAGAGGCUAUAGACCAAGGGGUAAAAAUGUGCACAGGAAAUUUGAUCUCAACCAGAACGGUCCAAGACCAGUCGGGUCAAGAGAUGACCCUUAUUUUGACCCUUAUGAGGACCCAAGUUACAGUUUUGAAUUUAAAACUAGGACUUACAACCGCCAAGAGAAUGCCAAUAGGGUUGGGGAUGUUAAUGGGAGGUAUAAUUUUAUUGACGAUGUGGGGGAAAUACACAAUGUUGAGUACAUUGCGGGAAAAAAUAUCGGGUUUCAUGUCAAGACACCGUAUCCUGAUUCCAAUCCAAGGGCGUAUUAUGGACGUUUGUACUAUAGAGGGAGGGGGAAACCUAUUCCAAGAGGGAGGACUUCUAUUCAAAGGGGUCUGGAUGGGAGCUACAGAUUUGUUUCAGCUGGACCUGAUCAAAGACGUACCGAAACAAGUGAUUCAUCAGGCCAUGUCCGUGGUUCCUACACAUACCUCGACGAUAAAGGCGUUCAACACUCCGUACACUACAUUGCCGGCCCGGAAACCGGUUAUAGAGUCCUCAAAAACGUAAAAGGACCACACCUCCCAACAAUCUAUCCUUUUGGACGCCCCGAAAUCAUCCCACCUGAUUUUUACGAUUACAUCAAAGACGAUGUCUUUGACACCGCAGCUAGUGGCCCCAUCAACAACAUAGGAGGUGGUGGUUCCCGACCAAAUAAAGAAGAACAACCCCAAAAACCAGGAGAAGAAGACAAGGGACCUUCAGUGGAAAAUAAUGAUGACUCGUUCGGUGCACCAUCUGGUGCUUCGGAACGCCCAUCUUCAGGGGGAGAUUUAAGACCCCCAGUUGGGGGCACCCGCCCACCUAGACCCCCACCUGGGGGUGAUUUUGACGAUGGUGAUGGAGGAGAUGACGAUUUUGAAGGUGAAUUAUUUGGGCCUUCUGCUGGAGGUUCUAAACCUAAACCGUCCCGACCUACGAAACCAUCGAGACCUUUUGGUGGUUCCAGCGGAGGUGGAGGAGUCACUAGACCUCCGUUUGGAGACACCAGUGGAGGUGGGGGAGUUACUGGACCCCCCUUUGGUGCUGGGGGAAGUACUAGACCUCCGUUCCAAGCUGGAGGAGCUGUUCGACCUCCAAGACCUGACGAUGGUUCCUACAAGCCCGAUUUUGGCGAUACUGGAGAUGAUGGUUCCUACAUACCACCUGGAGAUGUUAACCAGGACGAUGGAAGUUACAAACCUGGGUUAGACGAAUCGGAAGCUCCACGUCCAGGGCUUGGACGGCCUCCUGGGGGAGAUUCCUACGACUAUGAUGAUACCAACGGUUUGUUUGGGAGCGAGUCCAACUCGCGCCCACCUCUGGGGGGUGGUGGGAGACCUCCAGUGAUCCAAAUUCAAGGUGGGGGCAAUGGAGGGCCUUGUGAGAGAUGUCAAGGCACAAUUGUUACAAAUGUGGGAGAUAAGCUUUUUUCGGUACCUCCUGGAGUUUCUGUAAGGGCUCAUGUCCAGUCGAUUGAUUUGUUACCGUUAGUGUCAAAGGUUCCUUCCCCCAGUGAGCAAUACAAUGAGGAGAUGAGUAUCAAAACUGAGCAACUGAAUUCAGCAGCUAGUGAUGUGGUUAGUAGUAACAGUACUGUUACAGAAAGUAGUAAAUUGACAACGACCGUAACUGUACCAACAACUACCACAAGUGCAGGGACAGAAGCAACAACGAUUAACGAAUAAUUUAUUUAAAUAAUUAUAUAUUUUUGUAAUAUAUUGUAUCUGAUUACAAGUACUAAUAAAGCUGUUUUUUAAAUUAA